AUGAUUUAUUCUCCAGAUCACUAUUUUGCUUGUCAUGGAGGUAUAUCGCAGUGGCUUACUUCACGCGAUAUUUUGAGGCGCAUAGCCAAACCGACAUAUACCACAGACAUGGAAUUUGUUCAAGGCCUAACACUUGCUGAUCUUCUUUGGGCUGAUCCAGUUCUGGGGCAAAAAAAAUGGUUCGCACCAAGUCAUCGCAGAUGUGGAUACACGUUUAAUCAAAAGGCGCUGAAAGCGGUACUACGAGCACUGAAAGUGAAGACGCUGAUCCGGGCCCACGAAUAUUACGCAAGUGGCUCGGUUCGUAACUUCGAUGACCAGUCGUGCUAUACGGUACACAGUACCCCUGAUGAAGAUAGCACUAACAACUCUUACAAGGUCCUCCGGGAUUGUUUGGGUAUACUUCCGUAA